AUCCAGAUCCCUGUAUGUCAGUCAACAAGUGUUAGUAUCACAUUCAGUUCUCCACAGAGCAAACAGCUCCAAAUAGCUCAAGCCCAUCAGCUGAUUGUCUGGGCCUACAUUGUUGCCAUGGCAAUUCUGUGAUGCUAGGAGUCCUGCUAAAAUGAUGUCACAACCAAGUGGAACGUUCAGAGUGUGCAGACACAGGCUUAUGUCCAAAGUCAAAUUUGUCAGGCUUUUGGACAGGCUUAUGUCCAAAGUCAAAGACAGAAAUGGCCGAAAUGGCAGAACUGGAUCCGCACUGUAGUACGGGCCCUGCUGCCACUGCUAACAUGCACCUUUUUCUCGUGAUCUUACUUGUGUUCUUUAUGCAAGUUGGGCACAUCAGCCGUAAGUUGGAUGCAGCACCUGUAGGGAAUAGGAUGCAGUUGGAUGCAGCAGCCGCAGGGAAUUGCCCUAACCCAUGCCAUUGCACUGUGGAAGUUCUCAACUGUAGCAGAGUCACCAGCUCUCCUGGACUCCACCAUGUGCCCGUUCCCAAGACAGCUGCUCAUCCCUAUGUUUUCUUCUUCUUGGAUUUCACAGGGAAUGCAAUUUCUUCGAUUGGAAAACAGGUGUGGAAGGCCUAUCCUUGGGCUGAAUACUUGAUUUUCAAGGGCAACAGUUUGACCAAACUUCAGAAUACUUCUCUGGAGGGCUUGCUUUCACUUACGCAUCUGGACCUGUCAUGUAAUAAAAUCCAGACCAUUGAGACGAAUGCAUUUGAAGCUGUCCCGUUUGUGCAGUUUAUAGACCUCAGCGGCAAUCUUAUUGAGAAGCUCACUCCUGGGGCAUUCAAGGCCUGGCAUGGAAUGCAGUUUUUGCUCAAGAUGGUUCUCAACAAUAAUCCGCUGAAAGUCAUUGAUGAUACCUGUUUUUACAAGCUUCCCUCACUGAAGCUUCUAGACCUUAGUUCUACAGAAAUGACCCCCAAAAUAUUGGAGGACCUGCUCCAGACCUCCCUGCAAUUGAAGACUCUCAUCUUGCCUAACAAGAUGUCCUGCUGUCUUUGCGGUAUGAAGGAUGACACUGAAGUUUUGUCUGAUACGAUUAAGUUGGACUGCACCGACACAUGUACCACAAACGAAACUCUCUGUGAGAAAGAUGAGGCUUUGAACAGGAUGCAAAAAGAAGUAAUAAAGGCGUUGGAAAUCAGGAAGCUGAAUGCCAGCAGUACACUGAACAUUGUGCCUGAGAAACUUUUACACAGCAACAUAACAAUGAAGGUCACCGUGAGCCAGAGAAACACCAAUUUACGUGAACUCAACCCACACCUUUUGAAAUCGGUCCAGGAAUUAGGUAAGCUGAAACCUGAAGAGGUCCUGCAAAUCAAGUGGAAUGACACGUCUGAACUGAAAAAGCUGUACAUGCUGGCCAAUUUGCUCCAGAUGGCACUCAGAGAACAAGUUACAGAAGAUAAAAGGGGCAGGCAAGGGGGACCUCGCCAAAUAGCACGCCGGUCUGCUUGGAAGCGGUCUGUUAUGCAGUCCACAACUAGCUUCCCCUUGUUGACAGCUUCCAUCAUGGUGGAUAAUGACGCUGCUGACUUGACUGGUCGAGUACUUAUCAUUCUGAAACAUGUCAAUGAGUCAAGCCAGCAAGACCACUCUCUGCAUGAGGAAGAAACAGCAGCUCCCAGUACCACUACCACCACCACUACCACCACCACUACCACCACCACUACCACCACCACCACUACCACUAGCACCAGUAGUCCCACUAGUCAGAGUUUGCUGCUGGAGGGUACGUCUGGCUCUUCCCAAAAUGAACCUAGUGAAGGAAACUCAGACCAGACAUCAGAGAAUGCACCAUUAAUGGCAAAGGAGGCGCUGCUCAACCAGCUCAUGCAUGGAACUCAGGAAGGUGGUGUGCCCCAAAUCCCAGGAGAUAAUGCAGAGGCACCCCAAAUCCCAGGAGAUGACACAGAGGCCUCCUUAAACGAAAUCUCCCCUGAUAUAACAUUGUCCCAUGAGACACACUGGGAGCAUCAUGAAGUGAAGACCACUGCUCGCCACAAGCUGAACAUCUUGCCCACUGAUGAUGACUACUUGCUUCAAGGGGACCUUUUUGAAGCUGAGCUGAACAAGCAGCUAUCGCCCCUUAUCCCAAACACACCAGUGAGGAACCUCAUAUCCCACACACUCCGUAUCCUCAAAAUGGACUGCACAGUGUCCAAGGUCCAGCUGGCCUGUGCUAAGCUAAUCUCCAGAACAGGUCUCCUCAUGAAACUAUUCAGUGAGAGAGAAAACUUCAUGGAUAACUCCGCCUUGUGGAAGUCAUACUUCUUGUCUAUGAAGAAUGUCUCCAACUUGACCACAGGAAGUCCAAGAAAACUGGGGAAAUCUGAGACUGGAAGCCAGGGAAUCCCAGAAUAUGGCUAUGGCAAAAAGCUGUUGUUUGCUAUUUCAGUGACUGCAGUGAUAAUAAUUAUCAUUUCAGUAAUUGGGCUGAUUGAGAUCUGCUCUCAGCGUUCUGCAGCUAAGCAUGGCACCCCUCAAGAAAAACGGACGUUUCUAGGCAGAAAGAAGAAAGGAGCAGAACAGUCUUUCCGUGCAGGUUCUUCAGUGCUCGAUAAGCCUCUUUGGCUCAAGGAUAUGUACCAGCCUCUGGAUGAAGUACGGAAAAAGAGCAUGGUGGACAACAUGCACGAUGAAGAAUCCUCUGAAGACGAGGGUAUAUUCAGCUGGGCAAGAGUUCCCGGAGCUCCACCAGGUCCACCAAGCCCAUCACCGGUAGAACAACCGACUUCAAGAAGGCCCAGCCCAAGAAAAAUGUCACAAAUGACUCCACCGUCCCCUGCUAGAAAGCCCAGUUCGAAGACACUGUCUGCACAUCCGUCCCACUUUGCACCUCAAUCCGCACCUCCAUCUGUACCUCCAUCAAUGCCCAUGUAUAUGUCUCCGUCCGUACCUCCAUCCGUACCUCCAUCCGUACCUCCAUACAUAACUCCGUACGCCCCUCCAUCUGCAACUCCAUCUGUACAUCCAUCCGUACCUCCAUCAGUAUCUCCAUCCAUGCAUAAAUCCGUACCUCCAUCUGUACUUCAGUCUGUACCUCCAUCCGAACUUCAGUCUGUACCUCCAUCCGAAUAUCAGUCCGUACCUCCGUCUGCACCUCACUCCGCACGCCCGUCUGUACAGCAGUCCGCACCUCCGUCCGCACCUCCCUCUGCACCUCACUCCGCACCUCACUCCGCACGUCCGUCUAUACCUGCACCUGUGGAAGGAGCUCCGCACACACCAUCACCAAAAUCAUCAUUGACAAAGCCCCCCAGUGAAGCUUCAAAACGAGGAUCGACGGCAGAAGGUGGCGCUAGCACAGAGUCAAAGAAAGAAAGUUCGGGUGCAGGAAGCCAAGCUGGAGGAAGCCAAGCUGGAGGAAGCCAAGCUGGAGGAAGCCAAGCUGGAGGAAGUGAAGCUGGAGGAAGUGAAGGGGGAGGAAGCGCGACUGAAGGGGGAGGAAGUGCAACGGAAGAAGAUUGACCUUUGUUCAUUUGUAAAUAAUGUUAUAUUAUCUGUAGAGCUCUGUACAAAGUUCUGUUAUUAUUACUAUUAUAAUACUAUUAUUAUUAUUAAAUACAUAACUCCAAAAGA